UCGAUUCCAUUUCAUUAUAAAUUGGAUUUUUACCAUUUGUUUUUUUUCAAUUAAAUGGGUACAUUUAUCAACAGAAAUGACAAGAUUAAAUCUGGCUGGUCAACGUUUUCGUGUGGGAUUCAAUGUUGGUGUACCAUUUUUGCGUAUGGAUGGUUGGAAUGAAACUAACCAUUCAUAUGAAAAUUUCGAUGGAAUCGAUUCAUGGAUCAUACGAAUAUUGGCUGAUUAUUAUAAUUUUACAUUUGAACUAAGUGAUUGUCAUGGUCAAUAUGGAAUGCAAAUUGAAAAUGGUACAUGGACCGGUAUAAUCGGACGAUUAGUACGUAAUGAAUUAGAUAUCGGUAUUGGUGGUGUUUUAUUAUCACCAGAACGUUCGAUAACGGUUGGUUUCCUGAAACCACAUUGGAUAACACAUUAUACGUAUGCUACAACCAGAACCACACAUGAAACGGAUUUAUUUACAUUUUUACGUCCAUUUCAAACCAAUGUUUGGUAUUGUUUACUUGUUUCACUUUUAAUCAUCUGGAUUAUUGAUCAAAUUUCCAAUCAUUUUAUCAAUAAUUGUGGUUUAAUUGUAAUCACAUUAUUUCUAUUGAUACAACAACCAUAUCAUAAACAACAACAUUUGAAUAUAACCAAGAAAUUAUGGUUAAUCAUAAUGGCAAUAUCAAGUUUAAUUCUUGUGAAUCUUUAUUCUGGUAAUCUUAGUUCAAUGCUCACCAUACCAGAAAUAAUGGAAAUCAAUAGUAUUGAUAAAUUGGCUAAUGCAUGUCAAUCUGGUCAAAUUAUACCAUUAGUAUUGCAAAAUAGUAAUGGUCUAAAAGUUUUACAACAAAAUCAUCAUCAUUCAAAUGAACAAUUGAUAGCUAUACGAAAUACAUUUGAAAUAGUGAAAAAUUAUGACGAAGGAUUCAAUAUGAUUACCAAUGCAUUUGUUAAUGAACAAAAACCAUUAGCAUUAUUGGGCGUUCGUGAAAGAUUAUUAUUUGGCCAGUUAAAAUAUGGUUAUUAUUUACCACCAGAAAAUGAUGAAACAUUCUUUUUUUCAUCAUAUUUUGCUAUGGUCACCAGCGUAUCGUUUGAAUAUCGAAAACAAUUUGAUAUGAUCUUAUUACUACUAAAAGAAUGUGGUUUCAUUAAUCAUUGGCGGAAUAGAGAAAUUCAUGUGGCUAAAAUACAAUAUUGGCAAUCACAAACAACAAUAUUAUGUCAAAAUGAUGAUGAUAAUAAUCGUAUUCAAUUCAUAUCAUAUACAUUGAAAGAUUUUUCCAUCAUUUUUAAACUUCAUUGGCUAGGAAUGAUAUUGUCUAUAUUUAUGUUGAUUAUAGAAAUUUUCCAUCAAAUACAACAACAACGGUCAAUAAUAAAAUGUGUGUGUGUGUGUGUCUGUGAUGUAUAAUUUCCAUAUAUAAUUUUUAUUUUUAAUUCUUGUGAAUAUAUAUUACAAUUCUCUUCCGCUCUUCUUGAAAUAAAUGAUGAUGAUGAUGAUGAUGAUGAUGAUAAUUAAAUUCCGUAUUUAACUGUUUGGUACAUAAUUAUCAAUGAAUAUAUAUAAUUAUAUUCCAUAUAUAUCCAAGGUUUUUAUUGAUCGAAUUUCUUUGAAUAUUGCGCACCAUUCAUUAUCAUCAUCAUCA